AUGGAUGAAAUUGGGUUCAACCCCGACCUCUAUCAUUUGAAUGAAGCACAUGCCAUCAGCGCUUCGUUUUACUUAUACCAGAAGUUUAAUAAGAAUAUCAGCGAAGUAAAAAAACGCCUGGUAUUUACCACGCAUACACCGGAGGAAGCCGGCAAUGAGAAACACGAUAUCUAUCUCUGCCAUAAAAUGAGUUAUUUCUGCGGCCUCAGCCUGGAGGAGACCAGGAAGCUGACCGGCAUGACAGACGACCAGUUCAACCAUUCACUGGUAGCGCUGCGUUUUGCAAAACUGGCCAAUGGCGUAUCGCAGCUGCAUGGCCAUGUAUCCAGGGCCAUGUGGAGCAAACACGAAGGUAUCUGCCCCAUCAUCUCCAUUACCAAUGCGCAGAACUACAAUUACUGGGCAGACAAACAGCUGUAUGAUAAAAUGGAGAAACAGGACGAUGUCUGGUUUGAUGACCGUAAAAAAUACCUUAAGAAAAGAGCGUUUGAAAUUGUGGCCGAUCAAACCGGCAAACUAUUCGACCCCAAUGUAUUUACCAUUGUAUGGGCACGCCGUUUUGCAGGCUACAAACGUGCGGAACUGAUUACAAGGGAUAUUGAACGUUUCAACAAACUUACCAGCAACAGCAAAUACCCGGUACAGAUUAUCUGGGGAGGCAAGCCCUACCCUAUGGAUUACCCGGCCAUCAACGAUUUUAAUCACCUGGUGCAUUUAAGCAAGGGGUAUAAAAACGUGGCGGUGGUAAUUGGCUACGAACUGGGACUUUCCAAAAGAAUGAAACAGGCGGCCGAUUGCUGGUUAAACAAUCCACGCGUACCCCGCGAAGCGUCCGGCACCAGUGGUAUGACAGCUGCCAUGAACGGCGCUGUAAACUUCUCUACCGAUGAUGGCUGGAUACCCGAAUUUGUAAAUCAUGGCAACAAUGGUUUUGUAGUACCCAAGGCUGAUUACGCCAAUAUGCAUGUGCAGCAGCAGGAUGAGUACGAUUUGAACAAAUUGUACGAGAUACUGGAAAACGAAAUACUGCCCCUGUAUUACGACAAUUAUGAAACCUGGCGCCAGGUGGUGAAAAAUGGUAUGCGCGACGUACGCAUCCAGUUUGAAAGCAACCGCAUGGCCAACGAAUAUUAUGAGCUGCUGUAUAAAUAA